GGCUUCUCCGGCGUAGUAGCCGCCGCCGCCGCCGCCGCGGGCGUGAGGUGGGGCCAAGAGGCGAGCCCGGAGCUCCGAGGGAGAAGGAGCCAGCGAGCGGGGUCGGCCUGGCUCGGGAGUCGCCGCUGCUGCCGCCGCCGCCGCGGUCAUGUUUCCUCUCAAGCCCCCCAAGGCCACCUUCAAGUCCUACCUCUUGCCUCAGACUGAAGACAAGAUAGCACCGGAGCCUAGACUUAAAAAAUUGGAGCCAGUUCUUUUGCCAGGUGAAAUUGUGGUGAAUGAAGUGAACUUUGUGAGGAAAUGCAUUGCAACAAAUACAAGUCAGUAUGAUUUGUGGGGAAAGCUGGUUUGCAGCAACUUCAAGAUAUCCUUCAUUACAGAUGAUCCUUUGCCACUUCAGAAAUUCCAUUACAGGAACCUUCUCCUGGGAGAACAUGAUGUUGCUCUAACAUGCAUUGAGCAGAUAGUGACAGUAAAUGACACAAAGAGGAAACAGAAAGUUCUCGGCCCCAACCAAAAGCUUAAAUUUAACCCAACAGAAUUAAUAAUUUACUGCAAAGACUUUCGUAUCGUCAGAUUUCGUUUUGAUGAAGCAGGACCCGAAAGUGCAAAAAAGGUAUUGCAGCAGGUGUGCCUUGCAAUAGCUCAUUAUUCCCAGCCAGCAGAUCUUCAGCUCCUCUUUGCAUUUGAAUAUGUGAGCAAGAAAUACCAUAAUCCAGCAAAAAAAGUGAAUGGAAUAGAUCCUGGAGGAGGAGGAGGUGGUGGCGGCCAGCUGACUCCAUUGUUUGAGACAUACUCUGACUGGGAUAGAGAGAUCAAGAGAAGAGGAGCAUCAGAAUGGCGUGUAUGUUCAGUGAAUGAAGGCUACAUGAUAUCCACCUGUCUUCCAGAAUACUUUGUUGUGCCAUCAUCUUUGGCGGAUCAAGAUCUCAAGCAGUACUCCUACUCCUUCACUGGAAGACGGAUGCCAAUGUGGUGCUGGAAUCACUCCAAUGGAAGCGCACUUGUGAGAAUGGCCAGCAUUAAAGACCAGUUGCAACAGCGAAAAAUAGACCAACGGAUUUGCAAUGCUGUCACUAGAAGCCAUCCACAAAGAAGUGAUGUUUACAAAUCUGAUUUGGACAAAAGUCUGCCAAAUAUCCAAGAAAUCCAGGCUGCCUUUCUCAAACUCAAGCAAUUGUGUGUCAAUGAACCUUUUGAAGAAACGGAGGAGAAAUGGUUGUCUUCACUGGAUAAUUCACACUGGCUAGAGUAUGUGAGACUUUUCCUGAAACAUUCCGCAGAGCUUGUAUACAUGUUGGACUGUAAGCAUGUUUCGGUAGUUUUACAUGAGGAAGAAGGGCGCGACCUGAGCUGCUGUGUGGCUUCGCUCAUUCAAGUGAUGCUGGAUCCCUAUUUCCGGACCAUUGCUGGUUUCCAGAGCCUGAUUCAGAAGGAGUGGGUCAUGGCAGGGUACCCGUUUCUAGAUAGGUGUAACCACCUGAAGAAAUCUGACAAAGAGUCUCCCUUAUUUUUGAUGUUCCUGGACUGUGUCUGGCAACUGCUUGAGCAAUACCCAUCAGCCUUUGAAUUUUCUGAAGCUUACUUGACGAUAUUGUACGACAGCACGCGGAUCUCGCUGUUUGGUACCUUCCUCUUCAACUCUCCACAUCAGAGAGUGAAGCAAAGCACGGAAUUUGCCAUAAGCAAAAACAUCCAGCUAGGCGAUGAGAAAGGCCUCAGAUUUCCUUCUGUUUGGGAUUGGUCUCUUCAACACACUGUGAGGGAUCGUAUGCUCUUCCACAACCCCUUGUACAUUGGGAAGAGUGCACCGGGUGUGCACAAUGGGGCUGUGAAAUACUUUAAGCGAUCAAAGAAGAACUACAGUUCAACACUCAGGGGCCUCCCGCCCUCCCUGAAGAAUGGUAUUAUCAGCGAGCAAGACUUUCUUCCAAGAAGAAAUUCCCUAAUACUAAAACUGAAACCAGACUUUCUUCACCAUACGGAUACCACCACCAAUGGCAUGGAACAAUAUUUCAGAGAGUGGUUUUCUAAGCCAGUCGACCUGCAUGGUGUAAUCCUGCCCCAUCUCUCUGGAGCACAAAUCAAACUCUGGAAACUCUGCUACUUCCGCUGGAUCCCUGAGGCCCAGAUCAACAGUGGUGGCUUCAUUACUGCCUUCCAUAAAAUCUCCUUAUUAGCAGAUGAAGUAGAUGUUCUGAACCGGUGUCUGAGGCAACACAGCGGUACCCCACCUUUGCUCACUAACACUUCUGAACUCGAUCAAAGCCGGAUGUACUUUAGAGCAAAUGGGCUCAAUGAUUCUUCCACAACCCCAGACUUCCUUUCUUCCUCUUUCCCAUUUUCUCCUGUAGGGAAUCUCUGCCGACGGAGUAUUUUGGGAACACCACUGAGCAAAUUCUUAAGUGGUGCCAAAAUCUGGUUGUCCACAGAGACACUUGCCAAUGAAGACUGAUGUCUUUAGAGACAUAGAAGGGAGACAAGGAGAAGAGACUGACACAUCAUUUUUUGCAGCACACUGCUAACCACAGCACCAGAAACUGUAAUAGCUUUAUAUACUAAGGUUACUUAUGUUUUGCACAAAGUAUUUAAAAGCAGCUGUGUCAUGCUUUCAGAUCGCACAAUUUUUAUUUUUAUUUGGGUUUUGUUUCAUUUUUCUUCAGCAGUCCAAUAACUAAGGCACAUACUAUUUGAGGUUAGUCUCCCCACAAACACACCACAAUCUAAGGUCUGGCUGUGUUUUGUUUGUGUCCCAAAGCUACUAUUCUCUGCUGCUGAUUUGAAGCACAUCUCUUGUCAGCUUGGAUGAAUUAACAGAUGAAGGCAGACAUUAGAGUCAAAAAAGUUGCUGCAUCAAAUUUGAUCGCUACAAUUGGUUCAAAUAUAAGAGCCACAAAUUUUGUCAGUCAUGUUUCAAAUUCAUGACAUGAUUCAGCUGAGGGUAGGGACUUUUAAAUCCUAUUUAUUUCAAUGGUACUUUAUAAAAGCACCUUUCCCGUUGAAAUAAAUUAAAGUGUUCAUCUUGAUCAGGUUGGCUAUGGGAAUGGUGGAGAGAUCUAGUUUAGUCCAUGAGCAUUUUUCCUCUUUUCAUUUAGUAUCUGAAACUGCCUUUUAGUUUACAAAAUCUGCCUAUAGGACAACGUGUGCUGACCUCACUACCCCAGUCCCUCAACUGGGGUUUGCUUUAACUUAUGGUUAAGGCGUACACUGGCAGCCGUGUUAGCUUGGCCUAAAGGAUUCCCCCUUCACCUAGGAUCAGCAGCUGUGGUUUCAAAGUAGGUGUCAGUUCCAUCUGCUAGGAUGAAAGGAGUCCUUGGUAGCACUAACCAUAGUUAAAGUGGAGAGGAGAAUUAGCUGCCAAUCUCAUUGCCAUAGUUUGGUGUCAUUACAGCUGAACAAACCUCAAAAUAAUGUCAGUCGAUUAUAACCUUAAAAGUGCCUUUUCUUGCUUUUGAAGUAAGAUUUCUCUCUCUCCAUCAUGGAAUUCAAUUACUCUAAUGUGGUACGCUAAUAGGCUACACAUUAGUAGUAUCCAUUUCCAGAAUCUCAUUCAUACCACAAUUUAUGGACGUUUCCAAAAGCAUCUUAUUCUUUGACUUUGUGAUCAGGAAUAGAAAACUUAAUGAGAGUACCAGUGAAGUAUAUAUUUAACUCAGUGGGUACAGAAUAUUAGGUGGAAGAUCUUAGGCCCAAAUUAAGAUUGCUGUAAAAUGUCUUUCAAAGAAGAUGCCUGUACUUGUAUUUAAAUUUUUAUUUUAAGGUCAA